UGUAUCGACCCAUGCCUCUCUCGGUCCACUUCUAUCCACUUGGGGCAUCAAUCGUCCAACUCCGUCUUCCAUAAACGUGUUCGCCUCCUAAGCAUAGCUGCGGGAAGAUUCUAGGUUAACCAGCUGUUACGUCGAGGCUGUGACUAGUUGACUGAGAAGCGAUUCUUUGCGCUGAACCAUGUCCAACAUCCCCCUCAUCGAGCAAGACAUCUGCGUCGUCCCGUCUUUCACUCUGGAUUGCGGCACUGAGCUGAAGGACGCGCCCGUCGCGUACAAGACUUGGGGCCGUCUGAACGAGACACGCGACAAUGUCAUGGUAAUAUGCCACGCACUCACUGGGAGUGCCGAUGUUGAGGACUGGUGGGGGCCGUUGAUGGGCAGGAACAAGGCCUUCGACCCCAGCCGAUACUUCAUAUUCUGCGCGAAUACCAUGGGGUCCCCGUAUGGCUCUGCUUCACCUAUCACGGUGAACCCAGACACCGGGUCUUUGUAUGGCCCGGCUUUCCCACCAACGACGAUCCGAGACGACGUCCGCAUACAUCAGCACGUUCUCCGCGCUCAUCUCGGCGUCCGGCGUGUUUCCGUAGUGAUCGGGGGCUCCAUGGGUGGGAUGGCGGCCUUGGAGUGGCCUUUGAUUGCACCACAAGACUUUGUUCAACACAUCGUUGUGCUGGCGACCUCCGCCCGCCACUCGGCAUGGUGCAUAGCCUGGGGAGAAGCUCAGAGGCAAAGCAUAUACAGUGAUCCGGGAUACUGUGAUGGGUUCUACGAUGUGAACGCCCAGCCGCGGAGUGGACUGGCAGCGGCGCGGAUGUCUGCUCUUCUCACGUACCGAUCCCGAGACUCGUUUGAGCAACGGUUCGGCCGUCAAGUGCAGCAGUCUCUUGUGUCGGCCCCGGGGAUUAUCUCGCCACCACCUUCUCCGCCACCGAACGCGGUCGAUGCCCAUAACGAUGGCCAUCGCACCAAAGAGAGCGGGUCGGAAACACCGACCAGACCGCCGAUCUUUUCAGCCCAGUCUUAUCUGCGCUACCAGGGCCAGAAAUUCAUCUCGCGCUUCGACGCCAACUGCUACAUCCACUUGACCAGGAAGAUGGACACGCAUGACUUGGCGCGUGGACGCUUCGACAGUCGCGCAUGCAGCGACCCGAUUGCAGAAGUCCUCGCUCAGCUCCCGAAGCGAGCGCUUGUCAUCUCCAUACAAUCCGAUGGGCUCUUCACUCCGCCAGAACAAAAGCUCAUCGCUGCCCACAUUCCAGAUUCAGAGCUUGUGGUGGUAGCCAGUGGAGAGGGGCAUGACGGGUUCCUCGUGGAGUUCGAGCAGAUAAACAAGCAUGUUCUGGCCUUCCUGCAUCGUGAAUUCGCCGACUUCUAUACCGGCGAUCUUGCUGACAUAGAAGGUGACUUCGCUCCGAAGAAGGAAAGCCUCUUUGGCGAAGCCGAAGUAGAUUUGACUCGGUGGUGAACAGAAGAUGAUCCUGGGCACAUCUCAGUAGAUUUUAUAGGCCGGCUGGAACGAAUGAUUUGUGCAGCACUUGGAGUUGCAACCAAUACCAGAACAAGUUUAACCUGAAGUUUGAAGCCGACUCAAAGUCGAGACUUCGUCGCUUCCACUGGCAUCGGCAACGGAAGCUCUCGACUGUCUCGACAGCUCUCGCGACACGCUCCCAUCAAUCACGUGUCCAAUGCCGGCGCGCAGACGCGUUCUCGGCGUCCGGCGUAUAUCGGGCUUGGACGUGCUUUAAAUGAAUUCAAUCUCGCAUGAAUAAUGCAUUCCAAUCCUUUCUCCCCCCACUGAUGUCGACUUUCGGAGCCCUGACGACUGCAACUGAAAUUAUCACCGCUUUAGCUGAUCAAGUGCGCGGGAAGAAUGUGCUUGUCACGGGGACUUCGGUGAACGGAUUGGGAUAUGAGACGGCGAAAGCGAUUGCGACAUACGCUAAUCUGGUUAUCGUGACGGGAUAUGAUGCCGGAAGACUGCAGAAAACCAAAGAGCUCCUCGUGACCGAAGUCCCAACCGCCAACAUUCGCACUCUCACCCUCAAUCUUGCUUGUCUGGCAGAUGUGCGCACGGCUGCUGCUGAAGUCAACGCAUACACUGAGCCUAUCCAUGUUCUCAUUAACAACGCUGCCUCCUCCAUCUGCGGAUUCUCGCUGACCGUCGAUGGCUUCGAGCGUCAAAUAGCCACAGAUCAUUUGGGCCCAUUCCUGUUCACUUCUCUGAUCCUGCCGAAGAUUCUCGCUGCUGGCACGGACACCUACACGCCCCGUAUAGUGUUCGUUGCCAGCGGAGUGCAUGCCUGGCACGAAGGGGUCAUCCUGGACCAGGUGGAGCACCCAGAUGAGAGUAAAUAUGCGCCAAUGCGAGGGUACUCCCAAGCGAAGUCGGCCAAUAUUCUCACUACAUGCGAGCUUGCACGGCGAUACAAGGGCAGGAUCAACGCUUACAGCUUGACGCCGGGAGUGAUCAUGACGAACUUCAUGGCUAGCCCUGAAGCCAGCGAUGAACUGUUUGAAUACGGCGUCAUCACUAAGGAUGGUAAACCGAACCCGGACUUCAAUCUCCCUUGGAAAACUAUUGCUCAAGGAGCAUCUACCAUCCUUUUCGCUGCAUUCGACCGGACCUUGAAUGAUAAAUCCGGAUCUUAUCUGCGGGAUUGCGGCGUAAGUAUGGAGAGCGUGAAAGAGCACAGCAAAGAUCCAGUCAGAUCGCACGACCUGUGGGUUCUCAGCGAACGCCUUGUGAACACCACCUUCCCGUAGACCAUGUUUGAUGUAAACGCGAAUCGAACAUCCCGCACGGCAAUCAGUGUGAAUCGAUCAUAUCUUGACCGAGCUGUCACCCAGCUAUGAGCCUGAACAGUGAUUUUUAUUUGCAGCUCAAAAAUUCAUCAUGUGCAAUCUACCGUAGCUACUAUCAACUUUGGGCCAUGUUGAAAUCACGGCGUUCAGUGUCUAACCUGGGCUGUGAAUGAAUACUAGUACCAUCACUAUCAAUGACAUCACGGAAUCCUGUUUUGGCCUGCAGAUGUGCUUUAUGGCUGUACGUUACUACGGCUACGAUACUCACUACAGUAUAAAGCUCAGAGCAUCAUGGACGAUAUAACCAUCUAACAAGCCCCAUUUCCUCCCACUUUCUCCACGCGUGAACCCAGAUCUUCACAGCUCUUACUGAGCUGUGUAAUCACAUCGGCACCAACACUUGCGUUCUACAGAGAAGACGAACCUUAAUCCUUGUACUGCACCCGUCUGCUUCCUGUAAUAUGGCUCCAAACAGACAGAAUCGUACCAAGAUCGCAUUCAACACCAUCAACAGAUCCCUGACCAUCGUGGGCGAGCACCAGGACAAAGGUGCAUCCACAGAUUCGAUCUUUAUACGCGAGCAAUUGCCUCCCCUGGACUCCAGUCUCAAUCCGAGACACCCUCCACAACCUGUUGAGAUCAUCAAUUCAGACGCGUUCAAGGCGGCGCGCAACCACCUGGCGGCUGACAGCGAUGCCAAAGUCUCUAUCCUCAAUCUUGCCAGUGAUCUGCUUCCUGCAGGUCCCUGGCUGCACGACAUGACGACAACGCAGGAGGAGGCGCUGUGCUAUUCUUCCACCCUCUACGUGACGUUGAAGGAGGAGUACUAUCCCUGGCCCAACCUGGGACCUGGUUGCGUCGCCGGCAUAUACUCACCUGGGGUCGUCGUAUUCAAGGACGAUCUUGACCACGACUGCGUGGAUCUUCCUCUCGACGAGCGAUGCAUCGUUUCUGUCAUCACUGUAGCAGGACCUCGCGGUCCCCGACUUACCCGUGACGAAAAGGCGUUCGCUAACGCCUCUGAUCUCGAAGACCUUCGGGAAAAGAUCCGCCUGAUAUAUCGCAUCGCAGCCCACAAUGCCCAGGAUCACCUUGUUCUCGGUGCGAUGGGAUGUGGAGCCUACCAUUGUCCCCCGACCGUAGUAGCCGAGGAGAUGCGAGACAUUCUACUUGACCAGGAGUUCAGGGGUUGGUUCAAGAAGGUCCAGUUCGCUGUAUUCAGUCGUCCAGGGAAUGGUCCUGGUAACUUUACCAUCUUCCAAGACGUCUUCCAGGGUGUAAGUGCGUAAUUCAUCUAGCAGGGUGUACAAAUACAAAUACAACAAACACGACUCUAUGGAGAAGCUGCCACAAACGCGUUGAAGUUGUACGUCGAAGGUGUGGUGCUGAAGUCGAAGUUGGCGGGCGCAAAGUCCACAACCCGAUCGCCGUUUCGCUCAAUCAGCGCAGACACAGAACAAUCCGAUUUGAGCGGGAGCUUCAGUUUGACCAGACCUCCAGAUGAUGCAGAGACACUGUUUGAAGAGGCGCCGCAGUAGACGGUGAACUUGGCGGCAUCAGUCAGAAAUGCUACUGCCCAGAGCGAAUCUUCGACCCAGUCAUGGUGUUCCGGCGGGCCUACGGGAUCAGUAUCCACUUCGGCGUCAGUAGGGAAGAGCCGUGACCACAUAACGACACGGUCUUGCGUGAUCCGAGGAUAAGGACCUGUCUUGUACGCCGCGAUAUAGAAUUUGACCACUUCAAGCCAGGCUUGAUGAUCGAAUCCGUUAACCCAUGCUUGAGAGUUCGGCUGAUCAGUGUUUGCUAGAACAGGGCCAAUGUAAUGCGACUCUCCAAAGUCGUUCCAAGAGAUGAACUGCACGAUCGGUAUACGAUCGCGGUUGGAGACCAGAAGUUCCCAGCGUUGCGAGAGGAGAAAGUCGUCGGCACGGUAAACAAAGUUUUUGUUCCAGCUAUUGCGCCCGUAGUGCGUGAAGAACCAGGGAGAGACUGAAGCCAUAUACGGGCGACCGUCAAGAUGGUUGAUCCAGUCAUCGUCUCGGGAAAAAUCAAUAUCGUAGUCGCCCGAAGGCCAGCCACUGUUCCACUGGUUGCACAUCAGUCAAAAGGGUCAAGUAUCAUGACAUGUUCGUACGUUGGAUACACCGUCGAGCGAGUCCCACUUUGGUAGAUCCUCGGGCUGGACGAAGAAGCACGGAACGAAAGACACAGAUGUCUGAGCCACGAUGUCUCGCCAGCCAGCGUUGGGGUCCGAGGCACCAAAAGCACAAUUUUGCCCAGAGAAAGCGGAAACGAGAGGUUUGCCAUUGAACUGAAGAUACGCGGGCUUAUCGCUGAAGUCGUUGAUGUAGUCAACAAGGAGGGUCUUGUCGGUGUCGGAAACACAGGAGAUACAGCUCAUGUCGAAGGAAAUGUACAACUUGAAUCCUACUUUCUCCCCGGCAGAAAAUGCCUUCACGAUUUGAUCGCGUUGCCAUGCGUCGGGACCGAUGUUUAGUGCAAAGCCAUCGAAGCCAUAGCGCUGAGCGAGAGUCAUCUCUAUGGAGAAUACUCAGCGAGUCAGAUACAGCGAGCUUCUAUACGCACCCGAUACCCAAUCUUCCUCGGUGUACCGAAAAACGUUGCCGACCAUGAAAUGGGCGACAACCGUGUUGGGCGAUGCCACGCUGGGCGAGGAAUCACUUGAGGCAGGAAGAGAUUCGGUUUGGGAGGAGGGAUUGGGGUUGCUUGCAUCGUCAUUGAGCAAAGAGUCUAGCAGAAGGGGCGAGCCUGCAACGAGAGAAAGAAACGAGAAAAGAGCGAAAGAAGGAAGGAGUAGGCUGCAUGAUCGCAUCUUGCUAGGCGAGAACGGGGAGGAGGGUAAGAAGGGAGGUGGUGUAGGGGAGGAGUGAGAACAAAUGUAAUCGAAUUCGCUUGCAGGUUUUAUAGUAUCGUCGAUAGCCCCUGAGUCGAACAGCGACAAUGGGAGCUGUGCCACAGGCUUGUGGCGGAUCCUGCCAUGCUUGCACUUGACAACAAGUGUGUGAUGUGUCACAUCAUGUGCAUGUUCCCAUACGCGUACCCGGAUCACGCCGACAUUAUUGCUUGACCGUAAACAUCUCACUCGCUGCUUGAUCUAUCUAUCGACCUUGUGUCA